ACUCUGAGGGCCGCGCAUGCGCAGUACUGCAGGGCAGGGCAGGAAGCGGCUCCUAUGCCGGGUGUGUGGAGCAGCAGCUGCUGCAUCGGCGGCGCCGUCCUCGUCCUCAUAGUCGCCAUCUCACUGCACGAGGAGCACUCGGCGCCGGUGGAGCUGCCCAGGAUGGCUAAAGAUCUCAAGACGCUGCAAGAAGUAUACCGGCAGCUAAACAAGUCCUGCUUCAUCCUCGGGGCGUCCGGAGAGACGGGCAAAGAGCUCCUCAAGCAGAUCGUCCACAGUCGGCUCUACAGCAAAGUCACCGUCAUCGGGCGCCGGAAGCUAAACUAUGAAGACAAGGCUUAUAAAGAUGUGAACCAGGAGGUGGUUGAUUUUGAGAAGUUAGAGGAGCAUUCGGCCGCCUUUCAAGGACACGAUGUUGGGUUCUGCUGUCUUGGAACCACAAAAGCAAAAUCUGGGGAGGCUGGAUUUAUCCGAGUCGAUCACGACUAUGUUCUGAAGUCGGCGCAGCUGGCAAAAGCUGGUGGCUGCCAACACUUUAAUCUGGAGUCUUCUAAAGGCGCUGACAAGGGGAGCAGCUUCCUCUACCUGAGGGUUAAGGGUGAAGUGGAAGCGGAGGUAGAAGAGAUCGGAUUUGACCGUUACACCAUCUUCAGACCUGCGGUGCUGAUGGUUGACCGGGAAGAGUCGCGCCCGGUAGAAUGGCUAACCAGGAAGCUGAUGGUUCCGAUCGCUCACUUCUUCCCCACCGCCCACACCGUGCCCAUCACGACGCUGGUGAAGGGCAUGCUGAACAACGCAGUGCUGCCAAGUGACAAGAAGGUGGAGCUGCUGGACAACAAAGCCAUACACGCCCUGGGGAAGAUGGAGGAGGAGAAGUAGUAGUGGGAUCGGGCUGCGGAGAGACAUGGGGGAGGGGCGGCUGAUUUUAUAACACAUAAAAGGGAGGCUCAGGGUCACAUAUGAAGGGGCUGUCCGUGAUUAGAGAAGGAAACAGCGCCACACCUGUCCAAGGUGGGGUCUGGUAUUGCAGCUCAGCGCCAUUAAAGUGACUGUGGCCGUGCUGCAAUACCACACACUACCUGAGGAUAGGUGUGGUGCUGUUUAAGGAAUAGAGCCGCCACGUUUUUCUAAUUCUGGACAACCCCUUUAAGGCCAGGGCUCUGGUGGUUUUUGGUUGCGUGACAUAUUGUGCAAUCUCAAUGGUGGGGGUGGGGGGCAACUGCACUAUGCACGGUGUAUGCUCAGGUAAUGGAUGCAGGUGUGCAUGGCGGGGGAGGGGUCACACACUGGGCGCUUGUACACAGGUACCCAUUGAUCGGAUCCCAGGGGGGUCCUCUGCUGGGACCCUCCACAAUCAGCAGCCAUAGCUGGUGCUAUACAUGGCGCCCAAUAAAAUCAGCAGGGGACAUCGGUUUUGACAUAUGGAUGCCCUCUACUACCUAUAGAGCAGGGGUCAGCAAACUCUGGCACUCCAGCUGUUGUGAGACUAAAACUCCCAGUGAGCAUGCUGGGAGUUGUAGUCUCACCACAGCUGGAGGUUGCUGACCCCUGCUAUGCAGUAUAUGGGUGGUCCAAGGAGGCCGCGGUCAUAGGUCCUACUCGUGUUGGCGUCUGCUAGGAUCCCGUGAGUGAGGCCGAGGUGCAGUACCAGACACCACCUCUGGCCAGGAGAGGCGCUGUUUCUGAACGGCCAUGCUAUUUACUCCCAUAUACAGUAUGUGUACCUGUGGCGACACCUAUAUUGUACAUAUACAUGCCUUCUAAGGGACUGUACGUGAUGAGCUUGACCAAAAAUGUUAAUAAAAAUAUCAAAUUCUUA